AUGAUGUUCCCAGGCCUCCUCGCGCCCCCCGCCGGGUACCCUAGCCUCUUGCGCCCCACGCCCACCUUAACGCUGCCCCAGUCCCUGCAGUCGGCAUUUUCCGGCCACUCGAGCUUCCUGGUGGAGGAUCUGAUCCGCAUCAGCCGGCCUCCCGCUUACCUGCCCCGCAGCUUACCCACGGCUAGCAUGUCGCCCCCUAGGCAGGGGGCCCCUGCGACUCUCACAGACACCGGGACUUCAGACCUGGGCUCCCCGGGUCCAGGCAGCCGACCGGACGGUUCACCUCAGACGGCCGCCUCCCCUGCCAGCGAGUCAACGUUUCUGAAGUUUGGGGUUAACGCCAUCCUUUCCUCUGCGCCCAGAACCGAAACAUCCCCUGCCUUACUCCAGAGCGUCCCUCCCAAGACCUUCGCCUUUCCCUACUUUGAAGGUUCCUUCCAGCCUUUCAUCAGAUCUUCUUAUUUCCCAGCGUCGUCGAGCGUCGUGCCCAUCCCGGGGACCUUCUCCUGGCCGCUUGCUGCCCGCGGCAAGCCCCGCCGGGGCAUGCUGCGUAGAGCCGUGUUCUCCGACGUGCAGCGCAAGGCGCUGGAGAAGAUGUUCCAGAAGCAGAAGUACAUCAGCAAGCCCGACCGCAAGAAGCUGGCGGCCAAGUUGGGCUUGAAAGACUCACAAGUGAAAAUCUGGUUCCAGAACCGACGCAUGAAGUGGCGGAACUCCAAGGAACGCGAGCUUCUGUCUAGCGGGGGCUGCCGAGAGCAGACCCUUCCCACCAAACUCAAUCCGCACCCGGACCUCAGCGACGUGGGCCAGAAGGGCCCAGGGGAUGACGAGGAGGAAGACGAGGGCCCGGGCAGCCCCCGCCACCGCCUGGUCUAUCACGCAUCCCCCGACCCUAGGCACCUGCGGGACCCGCGGCUGGAAGGGCCGCUGCCGGCCUCACCGGCUCACUCCAGCAGCCCUGGCAAGCCUUCGGACUUCUCCGACUCCGAGGAAGACGAGGAGGGCGAAGAGGAGGAGAUAACCGUGUCUUAG